AUGUCACCCAGAAUCUCGCGCUCUCAGCGCUUAAUGGUCGUCAUUGCAAUUUCCACUGCCUUCUUUGUGUCGGAGAUCUCAGUUGGCUUUUACACACAUUCUCUGGCUUUGGUGGCCGAUGCAUUCCAUUACUUGAGCGACCUGGUAUCCUUCAUUGUUGCCUUCCUAGCGCUCAGGGUAUCUGAGGCCGAUGACUCGCCCAAAGUACUCUCUUUCGGAUGGCAGCGAGCCCAGUUGCUGGGCGCCUUUUUCAACGGGGUCCUUCUGCUCGGGCUCGGUAUAUCGGUCUUUUUGCAGUCCAUUGAGCGAUUUAUCUCGAUAGAGCGCGUUGAGAAUCCUAAACUCAUGUUUAUCAUGGGUUCUAUCGGCCUAGGGCUCAAUUUGAUCAGUGCGACCUUUCUUCAUGCUCAGCCCGUCGCUCAUUCACACGACCUGGGAAUGAUGGGGGUUCUGGUCCAUGUUCUCGGCGACGCAGCCAACAACCUUGGAGUAAUGGCCGCGGCAUUGGUGAUCUGGCUGACCCAUUACGAGGGUCGGUACUAUGCUGAUCCAGGAACGACUAUGGGAAUCUCUAUCAUGAUCAUCCUGUCCUCGUUCCCGCUUAUGCGACGAGCCGGUCUCAUCUUACUUCAGAGCGCACCGAAUGGAGUCGAUGCUGAAGACGUGAAGCAUGACCUGGAGAAGAUCCCCGGCGUGUUGUCGGUUCAUGAGCUUCACAUUUGGCAGUUGAAUCAGCAGAAAACACUAGCAUCUGUCCAUGUAAUGGUGUCGGACAGCUCGGUCCCGGCCUUUUUGAGGUUGACCAAGACGAUCAAUGAAUGUUUCCAUGCAUAUGGAAUUCAUUCAACCACUAUCCAGCCAGAGGUGGUACAUCCGGGAGCGAUCAGCAGCCUAGCGACAGAGGGCAUAGAGAAAUGUCAAGUCGUAUGUGGAGCAAUGUGUGCAGGAUUGACCUGCUGCGGAUAGAUAGAUUCUGAGGCCAAAAUGUUGAGGUGUUGAGACGCUGAG